AUAUAAGACCAGUCACACGUUGUAGCAGCUCACAUAGCAGAGGCGAGCCUGUGAGCAUAUUUAGCUAACGUUACGCCUGCAGAAUAAUUUGUGGAAGAAUUGAGAGAAACAGCAGCAUGGUGAAUCAAGUGCAGAGAGUCGAAGACACAUGGCGAACAUGCAGCAAAAGCGACUCAAGUGGCGCGAGCAACAGCGGUUGCGAGAGUUCCAAGGAAAGCUCUCGCUCCUCGACGCCCGUGUUGGACACCGACCGCACGGACAGGCUACGGGAAAAGAUGCGCCGCCGGACGGAGUCGGGCGACCACUGGUUUUCCCUUGAGUUCUUCCCCCCUCGCACUGCAAGUGGAGCUGUCAACCUCAUCUCUAGAUUUGAUCGCAUGGGCUCAGGGGGGCCCCUGUUCAUAGAUGUUACCUGGCAUCCGGCGGGGGACCCGGGUUCGGACAAGGAGACCUCCUCCAUGAUGAUCGCCAGCACAGCGGUCAACUACUGUGGCCUGGAGAGCAUCCUGCACCUGACCUGCUGCAACCAGACCAAAGAGAAGAUCACUGGGUACCUGAGCAAAGCCAAACACCUUGGCCUGAAGAACAUCAUGGCUCUAAGAGGAGAUCCCAUGGGGGCUGACUGGGAAGAGGAAGACGCGGGCUUCAACUACGCCACAGACCUAGUCAAACACAUACGCUGCGAGUUUGACGACUACUUUGACAUCUGUGUUGCAGGCUACCCCACUGGCCACCCAGAGGCGGAGAGCUACGACGAGGACCUGAGACAUCUGAAGGAGAAAGUGGACGCUGGCGCCGACUUCAUCAUCACCCAGCUCUUUUUCCGGGCUGACACCUUCCUCAAGUUUGUCAGAGACUGCAGGGCCAUAGGAAUCACCUGCCCCAUCCUACCAGGCAUCUUCCCUAUCCAGGGCUACCAGUCUCUGAGGCAGCUGGUCAAGCUGUCCAAGCUGGAGGUGCCUGAGGAGAUCAUGCGUGUCAUCGAGCCCAUCAAGGACAACGAUGCGGCCAUCCGCAACUACGGCAUUGAGCAGGCUGUGGGCAUGUGCCGCGUGCUGCUGGAGAGCGGCGAGGUGCCGGGCCUCCACUUCUACACGCUGAACCGCGAGGUAGCCACCAUGGAGGUACUGCGGCAGCUGGGUCUGUGGAUCGAGGACCCCAGGCGGACACUCCCCUGGGCGGUGAGCGCUCAUCCCAAACGCAAAGUGGAGGACGUGCGGCCCAUUUUCUGGGCCUCCAGACCCAAGAGCUAUAUCUACAGAACACAGGACUGGGAUGACUUCCCCAAUGGACGAUGGGGAAACUCAUCCUCUCCGGCCUUUGGUGAACUCAACGAUUACUACCUGUUCUACCUUAAGAGUAAGUCGUCCAAGGACGCCCUGCUGAAGAUGUGGGGCGAGGAGCUGACCAGCGAGCAGAGCGUCUACGAGGUCUUCACCAGUUACAUCACGGCCCAGCCCAAUGUUGCCGGACACAAGGUGAUGUGUCUGCCGUGGAAUGACGACCCGCUGGCCCCGGAGACCAACCUGCUGAAGGACGAGCUGGACAAGGUGAACCGCAGGGGAGUCCUCACCAUCAACUCCCAGCCCAGCAUCAACGGCAAGCCCUCCUCAGACCCCAUCGUGGGCUGGGGCCCCCCUGGUGGCUACGUCUUCCAGAAGGCUUAUCUGGAAUUUUUCACCUCAAGCGAAAAUGUCACCGCUCUCCUCAAAGUGCUAAAGAAGUACGAGCCUCGCGUCAACUACCACAUCGUCAACGUUCACGGUCAGAAUACUACGAACGCCCAUGACAUGCAACCCAACGCUGUGACAUGGGGCAUCUUCCCCGGCAGGGAGAUUGUCCAGCCCACCGUGGUGGAUCCAGUCAGCUUCUUGUACUGGAAGGACGAGGCCUUUGCCUUGUGGAUCGAGCAGUGGGCCAAGCUGUACGAAGACGAGUCCCCAUCACGUAUGAUCAUCAAGUAUAUCCACGACAACUACUUCCUUGUCAACCUGGUGGACAACGACUUCCCUUUGGACAACUGCUUGUGGCAGGUCAUUGACGACAUGUUUGAGCUGCUUGACAACCCCCCGGAGGAGCAACCCGCAGAGCAACCUGCAGAGCAACCCAACGAUGAGCAAUCCGACAAGGAACAACCCGGAAAGUAACCAUGGCGACAGUUACUUCUUUUUUUUCCCUGGUGCUGCUAUCGAUAACUUUUCACUCAACAAACACCACAAAGUACUUAACUACAGUAUAAAACCAUACAGUAUAUACUCCAAAAAUAUAUAAUUUUUUUGAAAACUAUUUUAUUAUCUGGAGGAUGGAUCUUAAUCAAGAGGUACUUCAGUGAAUGAGUACGAUGACAAAUACAGUGCAUUUGGAAAGUAUUCAGACCCUUUCACUUUUUCCACAUUUUGUUACUUUACAGGCUUAUUCUAAAAAUGAUU